AGGCAGCCAAUGCAACAGGCCUAAUUCCCAGAAAGACAUUUAUAUUGCCAUCCUCAUUUGCAGGUAGCCCCAGAAACAUGCUCCAAAACUAUCAGGACGCAAUGGCAAUUGUCAGAAAGUACGGAAAACCAGAUCUCUUCAUCACAAUGACAUGCAACCCCAAGUGGGAAGAAAUUGUGGAAAACCUGGAACAUGGCCAAACUGCUGCAGCAAGACCAGAUUUAGUGGCAAGAGUCUUCCACUUAAAACUAAGAUCACUAAUUAAUGACAUCUGCAAGAAACAUAUAUUUGGCCCACACACAGGCAUUGUGUAUGUCAUAGAGUUCCAAAAAAGAGGUUUGCCACAUGCACACAUAUUGCUGAUCCUAACAGAAAAAUAUAAACCAAAAACCGAAGCAUCCAUAGACAGCAUAGUAUCUGCAGAAAUCCUAGACAUUGAAAAAACACCACAACUUCAUGCAAUCAUAACAAAGCAUAUGAUCCAUGGACCAUGUGGAAAUCAAAAUAAGCAUUCACCAUGUACGUCUAAUGAAAAAUGCACAAAAGAAUUCCCAAAAGAAUACCAAGAACAGACUAUUGCAAACAGAAACGGAUACCCCAAAUACAGAAGAAGAAACACUGGCAAAAGCAAUAUGCAAAAAGGAAAACCAAUAGAUAACAGGUGGGUUGUACCGUAUAAUCCAUUCCUAGCACUAAAGUAUAACUGCCACAUCAAUGUCGAAGUCUGUGCUUCAGUUAAGAGUGUAAAAUACCUUUUCAAAUAUGUUUACAAGGGACACGAUUGCGCAAAAGUGGUGAUCCAAGAAUAAGACACUUUGAACCACGAUGAAAUCAAAACCUACAUGGAUUCAAGGUAUGUCAGCGCGCCAGAAGCAGCAUGGCGUCUAAAUGGAUUUGAGAUGCAUUACCAAUCCCAUACAGUACACAGGCUAGCAGUUCAUCUCCCAAACGAGCAAGCAGUAAUUUUCAACCCCAAAGACAUUGGUACAGCAACCGACAGAGCAACAAAUCGUGAAACACAAUUGACAGCAUGGUUCAAACUAAAUCAACAAGACCAGAAAGCAAGAGACAUAUUAUACGCAGACAUCCCAUUAUAUUAUGUCUUUGACACCGCAAACAGCACGUGGAAAAUACGGCAGCGUGGUGCAGACAAAGUGAUUGGCAGAAUGUAUUCUGUGAAUUUGCCAUCAGACCCAGAGCACUACUGCCUAUGCCUCCUACUGUUGUACGUACCAGGAGCAACAUCCUACGAAAACCUCAGAACUGUAGAUGUAAUUGAAUACCCAACUUUCCAAGAAGCAGCAAAAACAAAAGGGCUCAUAAAUGAUGAACAAGUGUGGGAAAGUACACUAGAAGAUGCAACACAAUACAACAUGCCCAAACAAAUCAGAGAACUCUUUGCCUAUAUCUGUGUCUUUGCAUCCCUCCAAAACAUGCAGGAGCUAUUUACAAAAUAUGAACAAUACCUCAUUGAGGAUUAUGUCCAUAAACAUUUACAACACAAUACAGAGUGCACAGUAUGCCGUGACCUCGCCCUCCAAGAAAUUGCCAAUAUUUUAACACUCCAUGGAAAGAAAUGCACAGACUAUGGCUUGACAUACACCAUACAGAAUACAGAGCACCUUACAGAUACAUACAACCAAGCCUAUGAAAGACAAACAGCAGAAGAGAUGUCCAGAACCUUCAAUGAUGACCAAAAAGCAGCCAUAGAACAAAUUUUAGCAGCAAGCCAAAAUGAUGAGCUAGACCACCACUGCUUUUUCUUGGACGGGCCAGGAGGCAGUGGAAAAACAUACUUAUAUAAAACCAUACUCAGCACAGUGCGUGGCCAAAGUGAAGUCGCACUCCCUGUAGCCUCCACAGGCAUAGCAGCUAACCUGCUACAAGGAGGCAGAACAUAUCACUCCCAAUUCAAAUUGCCAGUACCCAUACUUGAAAACUCCGUGUCUAACAUGCGCCUCAAUUCUCAAGAUGCUAAAAACCUAAAAAAAGCAAAAAUAAUCAUUUGGGAUGAGUCAACGAUGGCACCCACUCAAGCACUAACAACAGUAGACAAACUAAUGAAAGAAACCAUGGAGAACAACAAGCCCAUGGGAGGUAAAGUAUUUCUACUGGGAGGAGAUUUCCGACAAACACUUCAAGUGGUGCCACACGGAAGUCAAACACAUAUCAUUGAGGCCUGCAUAAAAUUCAAUACUCUGUGGCCCACAUUCACAAUCCUCAAACUAAAAAACAAUAUACGAUCCAAUGACCCAGAUUUCAGCGAGUGGCUAAUCAAGGUGGGCAAUGGAGAGACACCACGCAUUGAGGGAUUACCAGAAGACAUCAUUGAGAUCCCAGAAAGUAUAAUAUGCAGAGAAAAUAUCGUAAGAGAAAUUUUUGGAGACAAUAUUCAAGUACAAAACGUCCCAAAAAUAGCAAACAGAUCCAUCCUUUGCCCAAAGAACAGUGAUGUUGACACCAUCAAUGACCAGGUGCUCAACAUUUUGGAGGGCCAAGAAAUGACUUAUCUCAGUUCAGACUCAAUAGAUGACACCACCGAAGAAGAUUCCAAAAACUACCCAACAGAAUUCCUAAAUGACCAAACACCAACAGGAAUGCCAAAACAUACACUCACCCUGAAAGUAGGCGCAAUAAUAAUGCUCCUCAGAAAUCUUAACACAAAAAAAGGAUUAUGCAAUGGCACCCGCCUCAUUGUGGAAAACCUUGAAAAGAAUAUCAUCAUAGCACAAGUAAUUACAGGAUCAGCACAGGGAGACAUGGUCUUCAUUCCAAGAAUUGAUUUAGCGCCAUCUUGCACUGACUUGCCAUUCACCUUAAGAAGACGACAAUACCCAGUAAAAUUGGCUUUCGCUAUGACAAUAAACAAAUCACAAGGACAAACCCUGGAAAAGGUCGGAAUCUAUUUGCCUGACCCAGUGUUCAGCCACGGACAAUUAUAUGUAGUGUUAUCCAGAGUGAGAAGUUUUAAAGACGUCGUGGUCAGGGUACUGGAAGGCCCAGAACAAGGAACACUAAUAGCAGACUCAGAACAAAUAUUCACCAAGAAUGUGGUGUAUAAAGAAAUACUAUAA